AUGAGGUUGGAGAUUUAGAAAGUAAAAACUGGAAGAUAGUAGACAUCAAAUCUCGUCAGGGCUUCUAUGAUGAUUUUAAAAUUCUUAUUUGGAUGGCAUCCAAAAGUUAAUGAAGACAAAAGAGUAGCCUUUAUUGAUGUUGGAGGAAAUAUUGGUUGGUUCACUUUAGUUGCUGCAAGAAAUGAAUUCUUAGUCUAUACAUUUGAGCCAAUGAAAUCUAAUACAGAUGCUUUGAAAUACAGUCUUUGUCUACAGCCUAGUCUUAAGGAAAAAGUUUAGAUUUUUGAAUAUGGGUUAGGUGAUUAAAAUUAUUUAUGCGGAAUAUAUUCAUUAGAUAUCAAUAUUCAGAAUGGAUUAGUUAAGUGUGAAUCAUAAUUUGCUGCAGGGGCAGAAUUCAGAGAAUUUAUACAAUUGAAAAAGUUAGAUGAUUUUAUAGAUAAUAUUCCUGAUGAUGUCCUGAUAGGAGUGAUGAAGAUUGAUAUUGAGGGAUAUGAAUAUUUCCUAUUUAAAGGAGGAAGUUAGUUUAUAAACAGAUACAAAAUACCCUACAUUAUUAUCGAAUUUUUACCAGCAAACAUGUUUAGAGUUGGGAUCUCCCCAAAUGACCUUAUUCUAUUAAUUAAUUCAAUGGGAUAUGAUGUAAGAGUUGGAGGAUUUGAUGGAGAUAUAUACACAAGUAUUGAAGAUAUGGAAAAAGUCUAUCAAAGAUCUGCUUUUGAAGAAGUAUUUUUAACACUAAAAAUUAACUGA